AAUCUUAUCACAUUCACCUUGCUUGACAGUUGUGUGGUGGAGGAUGAAGAGUCUUAAAUAUGUAUAUGUAUCUUUUUUAUAUACUUAUAACAGCUUUUCACCAGCAGGAAGAGUAAAAACAUAUAUUAUUCGGUAAAAACAAGGGUUAGGGUGUUUAACAACAAUAACUUCAUUAUCCAAGUGUAGUAGUUGUAAUGAGAAGGCAACAUUUACUGUGAAAUCUAGGAACAAAGUUGGUAAGUAUUUUCCUCCAAUGAGAGGAGGCGAGGCAAAGGAAACGGAAGGCGAGGCAUCCGUUUCAUAUCUAAUGCAACUGCCAUUUUGUUUCUCAGUUGAAGAUCAAUUGCAUCCACGGUUGUUCAUGUGAAAAUGGCAUUAUUCGACGUUUAGAUAUUGCUUUAUAUUGUGUUUUCCCUUACACUUAAAGACUGUCUUGUUAAGAAGUAGUGGAUGGUAGAGUAAAAGACUGAAGGACCAACUUUCCUUGUAUAUUGUGAUUUAAUUGUUAUUGUUUACGUUUGGGUCUAAAGGCCGACGACGUUCUAUUAGCUUGGUACUGUAGCUAGCUAGCUAUCUCGGUGGCAAAAUGGCGGCGAAUACGACCCAGACAGCUCCAGCUGCUAACUGGUCGUAUGGAGAGCACCAGAGAGGCCCAGACAGUCUCGGAGAACCCAGAGUGGGAGAAGGCCAGACAGGCACUGGCCUCCAUCAGCAAGACCCAGAGCGCCACCAAGACCGCUCAGGCCAACCGGACCACAGCACAGGCUGGUCAGUUUCAGCCUGCAGUAACUGAGUCCACAGCCAUACAGCAGCAGCAGCAACAACAGUACUACCAACAGUGGUACCAACAGAACCAGCAGCAGCGUAUCCUGGGAUACACCUACCCCUACAAUUACUACUACCCCAUGGCCCCGGGCCCUUAUGGUGGUGGUGGCUAUCCUCCUCAGGGCCAGUAUGGUGUACCUCCAGGACCUUACCCCUCUCCCACCACUCCAACUGGACAGCCUCCAUCCCUGCCCGUGAUGGAUGACAAGUCCUCCAGCUACCCCCCUCAGCCUCAACCCCCUCCGCCUGCUGCCCCUCAACCACCCCCCCAGAGCCCCACGAGCUCUGAGCAUCCCCCACCCCCUCCUCCCCCAGCCGUCCCUCCCCCUCCCAACUCCCAGUACCCCCUUCCUCCAGGGCAGAACUCCUACAACUCCAACAACCCCAUGCCCUACCCCAACAACGACCCCAACCAGAUGAGAGGUUACAACCACAACCAGGGCAGGCCCAGCUAUGGGCAGAGCUACCAGACUCAGAACUCGUACCAGCAGCAGCAGAAUAACAACCAACACCAGCAACCAGGACCGGGUCAGUAUGGACCAGGAGCUGGGAGAGGAGAGGCCAACAAAAACAAGAACCAUCAACAUCAACAACAACAGCCACAGCAACAAGGAGGACAAGGACAGCAGCUCUGGCACCGCAUGAAACAGGCACCUGGAGCAGGUGCAAUGAAGUUCAACAUUCCCAAGCGACCCUACGUCAUGACCAAUCAGAGUUUCCCUCCUGGGGAACAACCCACCGGAUUGGCUGCUACUCCUUCCUCCCCAGCAGCUGCUCCUGCUGCACCUGGCGGUGCCCAGACACGGCCCCAGGACUGGCCCCAGGCGAUGAAGGAGUAUGUUCAGCGCUGCUUCACAGCCUGUGAGAAUGAGGAGGACAAGGACCGCACCGAAAAGGGGCUGAAGGAGGUCCUACAGAAAAGACUACAGGAUGGGUCUGCCUACACCAUCGACUGGGACCGCGAGCCUCUGCCUGAACUGAAGGCCAAGCAGUCUCGCUGGGAGGCUGUAUCCACCCAGAGGACUCUGGAGAGUUCUGUGGGCCGAGGUGGGGGUACAGGUGGGGCUACGCGGGGCAGGGGUGGUGGGGCCAGGCUGGGGCACUACAGGAACGUCUUCUCCCAGAGAAGCCCCUCAUCCAGCUCCUCAGGCUCCUCCUCUCGCUCCCCCUCCCCCUCUCACAGCCGACACAGGGACCGCAAUGGCCAGAGACACAGGCGCAGUGACUCUGAGUCCCAGUCGGACAGCAGCAUGUCCAGUGACCUCCGAACCCAGCUUCCCCGGCGCAACCAGAAAGGAGGGCGUGGCCGUGGGGGCGACAGGGACCGGGGCAGAGGGGGUGGAGAGAGGGGACGAGGAAGGGGCGGAAGAGGCAACAGAGGGCGGAGAAACAUGGAUGACGCUAACUCCACUGUCCUGGGCAAGAAGAGGAAAGGUGGGAACGCCGGCCUAGACUUCCACGACCCCCACCGGGAGGCCAAGAAACAAAGCCGAGCGGCACGCUUCCACAACACCAAGAUGCGCUCAGAGCCUCUGGUGCUGUCCAUCAACAACCUGGAGCUGCCCAAGGAGGACCUGAGCUGGGACGACUGUCCCAUCGUGGGCACCUGCCAGGAGAUCACCAAGAUCUACCUGAGACUCACCUGUGCCCCCGACCCUGCCACCGUGCGCCCCGUAUCUGUGCUGAGGAAGUCUCUGUUGGUGGUGAAGGCCCACUGGAAGACCCGCCAGGACUACCCCUACGCCUGUGAACAGAUGAAGUCCAUACGACAGGACCUCACGGUCCAAGGAGUUCGUACAGAGUUCACAGUGGAAGUAUACGAGUGCCACGCACGCAUCGCUCUGGAAAAGGGCGACCACGCAGAGUUCAACCAGUGCCAGAUGCAGCUGAAGGCCCUGUAUAAGGACAACCCAUCAGAGAACAUAGGGGAGUUCACUGCUUACAGACUACUCUACUAUAUCUUCACUAAAAACUCUGGAGACAUCACAACUGAGCUGGUGUACCUGACUCCGGCGCUGCGGGCGGAUGAGUGUGUGUCCCACGCUCUCUCCCUCCGCGCCGCCUGGGCUCUGGGAAACUUCCACCGAUUCUUCCAGCUCUACCGGAGAGCCCCACGCAUGGCAUCCUACCUCAUAGACAAGUUUGUGGAGAGGGAGAGGAUGAUCGCUCUCAGGGCCUUAUUCAAAACAUUCAGACCAGACUUGCCGGUGGAGUAUGUGCAGUCCAGUCUGGGCUUCCUUUGUUUAGACUCUUGCAUGGCCUUCCUCACAGGCCUGGGGGUCACCUUCUUCCCCUCUGACCCCAGCAAGAUAGACUGCAAAACCAGCUCAGCCUGUCUGGCAGCCUCCUGAGGGGGUGGGGGGUUUACCAGGGAGGGGGGAAAGCACACUAAAGGGAGAUACUAAGGGAUAGACAGGGUGAAGAAUGUACCCUACAGUUCUACUGCACUGCACUUCAGACCUGUCCAGUCAUUAUAUAGAGGGAGACUAGUGGUUAGACUGACACUACAAUUAAGUCCUGUAGAAAGAGGGAGAUAUGCACUAGGACCCACUAAAUCACUUAAUGGUAGAAUGCAGUGAGAAUCCCACCCACAGAUGCACUGCGCUCACAGAUAUGGACUGUAUAACAAGCGUGCGAGGGAGAUUAUCUGCAUACAUGCUGCACAUCAAAUACAUUUAGAGUAGCUUAGCUCCACACAUCUCUGAUCAACACAAGAUAUUAAUUAUACCAUCGACUUAGAACAUUUUAAUGACGAACAGAUGAUGUUAGGGAUUACUUCAAUUUAAGACCCGAAGAUCAAGCGCCAACUCACACAGAUCAGGGACGAGCGUAGCCUCAAGGUCUCCCAUCCACUAUCGCUCUCAGAAGUUUUAAGCUAACAGUGUUCUGUUAUGUUUUUCCUUCCCUCAAGUCAACAGCCUCAAACUCAAGCGAAGACGAGCCUUGAGAACCCAAGAGAGAAAUGAAAAUAAAGGAGCUAAAGUCAUCCCUCAAGCCCUCAUCCAACAGGCUGCUCGUCUACUCCAAAACCAAACCAACAACCAGAGAAGAGGUUCUUCUGUUCAGGUGUUCGGCUCUAGAGACUGUGCUAUCCCUUUGCUGCUUUCUGGAAGCCUCCGGUGAUCCAGCGUCCAAUCCGGGAGAAGAGGAGAUGGUGGUUUGUAUGCCCUGUCCUGCCCCCCCUUCCCCAAAGCUGUCUACGAUUGGCCAUCAGGUGGGGAAAGUUACCCCCACUUCCUGUUCCUGCCUAGCCCUGCACACUUGGCCCCCCUGAAAGGUAUUGACUGAGAAAUCUAAAGGUUCUGAUUGGCUCCUUGCCCAGUUUGGCCAAAGCCAUCCUUACACCCACAGUUGUCCACUACCCACAGUCCCCUGCUUCAUCCUUCAACAGUCGUCACCCAGAGUUCAUCAAAGUCUGACCACAAAGUUUACAUCACAGUUAUAUCUGCUCUCCAAUAUAGUAGACCUCCAAGCCUGGCGUCUAGUCCCUUCUGGUAGGCAUUGACUUAUAAAGUGUGAUGGUGGAUACAGUCCCCUAGUGUUUACCAAGAAGGGCCUCUGCAAUGCCUCGGUAUGUGUCCAGGAGGCAGGAUAUCCACCUAUAGUCCAUCUAUCCCCUGAGAGCAGGCAAGGAGGUAGUCUCCCACCCCUUAAGAGUACCAAAUAACCAAGUUGAGGCUCUGGAUGAGCCUGUGGUGUUUCCUGAGUUACCCGAUCAACAGCCCCCUCAGCUGCAGCUGCAUGGAAUAUCGGUGGUCAAGCGCCAAGGAGAAUUCAGCUCCACCAAGAUGGUGGCAAAGUCUCCACCUUCAAAUGUGGCGGCUGGAUCAAUUCCACCAUACAACAGAUGGAGAUGAGAUCGCUGUCUGCAGAUGGAGAUGAGAUCGCUGUGUGCAGAUGGCGGCAACGUCUGGGUUUGUAUGCUCCACGCUCUGUUCAACAAGGCUGAGUAUGUGUGGCUGGUAAGAAAAAAUGACUCUUGGUGUGCUGGAAGGAGGUGGAUGACAGCACGGCAAGAUCACCUGGUAUUCACUAUGGGCUCAUUCACAAACACUAACCAUUGGUUUGGAUUAAGGUGUAUGAUAUGAAGUCUAUGGUAAUUGCUUAACUUCCAUUCACAGGUGAUGAUAGUGUGUCUGAAAUUGUGCUGUAAAAUUAAGGGCGCCAGUAUUAACCCUUGGGGAACACCCUUCAUUGGCAAGACAAUGAUAAAGCCAAACUGUCAAAUUAUCCAGGUGCAGAUACCUUUUAAACCUGAAUUUGUGUAACUAUCUAGUGUAGAAAAUUGAACAAACUGUCUCAAUUGUAAAAGGACAUUCUGCCACAAAAGGUGAAUUUAGGACAUUAAUGUUGACUGCGAAAGCACUCCACUCUGCUUAUCAAAUGUUUGUAAUCAAAUAAUCUGGUUAUAUAUUUAAAGCUAAGAAAUCACCAUGUGAUAUGUUUAAACCCCAUUGCAGACAUUUUGGUUUUCAAUAAAGAAAGGUGAGAGUGAAGGAUUGUAGAGUAGUUAUUUUGGGGUCUGGCUGGAAUGCGGUUUUAACCAAUCAACAUUUAGGAUUAGACCCACCUGUUGUAUAAUAGGCUACAUCGCUGUGUAUUCUCUUGAUAAGAUCUGAAGAGAGGAGACUAGUGUGGAGAGUUAAUUGUAAAUCAACAUAAUUGGCAAUACAUAAAUAUAACCUAGAAAUGGAACAUGAGUUGGUGAUAACAGUUUACCUAACAUCAGCAUAUAUACCCCUUGUUUUCAGGCAUGACCUUGAAGAGUAUUACCUUGAUUCAGAUCUUGAGCUUGAGGUAUUUUAGUGCGUUCAGUGCCAUUGCAGAGAUAUAAAAUUUGUCACAUGCGCCGAAUACAACAGGUUCAGACUGUGAAAUGCUUACCUACGAGCCCUUUCCCAACAAUGCAGAGUUAAAAAGUAUGAAAAAUUAUCAAAAUAAAAAAGGGAAAUGGUAAAGCAAUAAAAUAACAAUAUAUACAAGCUAGGAGUCUACUUUCAGGAUGAACAGAAGUCGGUGUGCUGUAAAAAAUGUCCUGUGUGCUCAUCUAUAGAGUAGAUGUGUCAGUAUCUAAUGUACAUUGUUGUGGAUUCAGUUGACCUUUUUUUCUUCUUCUCAGUAACUAGUAUUCAUUGAUCAUUUUGAUAUUUAUGUUCACCAGGGUAAGUGUAAUUUUGACAAACGUAUAUGGUGAAUGAGAAGCUGAAACAUUUUAGAUAUGGGUAAUAAACAAUUAAUUCUAAAAGACACUUGAUGUGAAAUAUGUAAAUUUUAAAUUACCAAUCUAAAAAGUCGGAUGAUUUGCAAUACAUUGCCUAUCACCUUUUUGAUAUUGCCGUGGAUUAAAAUGGGGAAUUGAUAGUCACUGCUUUUUGUAGUGCAAACACUAGCGUGAUUUCUACCCUACAUUUUUGACAAGGUUUUACAGGGAUUGAAAAUGGGAUUGCUGUAUAAACCAAAUAUUUUUCUUGCCAAAUUUCACUCAGAUAUGCUAACUUGGUUGACCCCUUUAAUUUCUUACUCAUUUUUUAAAUGCUCAUCUUUUGUAAACCCAUUUUUUUGAUUUUUAGUUCAUGCAUUUCUGUGUCAUCAUUUCUGGCUAUCUGUACUCAUGAACCCCUUAGAGCAGUGGUAUUCAAAGUCGGGAUCGUGACCCCUAGUGGGGUCGUGAGGGAACUGCAGUGGGGGGUCGCCAAAAUGUUACAAAAUAAAUGCAAAAACAUAGUUCAUAUUGUAUGGGACAAUAUAGAAAAGUUUUUGAGAAAGAUCAUUUGAAAAAUCCAAUUUUAUUGAGUAAAUGUAUUUAUUGGUUUCUUUUCAUUUUGAUGAGAUGAACGUGUAAUGAAUUGAAGGUUAUUUGUUGUUAGCCUCUUUUUUGGGGGGGUUGUCAGUAGAUUUGGGGUGGGUGGGGUCGUGAGAAAUUAUUCCGGGAUAGAAAAUUUGGUCCUCAGAAAUUCUGGUGGAAAAAAAUGGGGUCCCCGCUGAACAAGUUUGAAUAUCACUGCCUUAGAGAUAAGUAAUGUACUAAAACCACCACACAGCAUCCUGAUGGCAAGAAAAAGGUUUGGUUGAAGGCACUGCACUCCCAUCAGCCAAGAAACAAACUGUUACUGUGUGUGUUUGUGUUGCUCAAGUCUCCCAUUUGUCAAUUUCUUUGGAAGUAGUUUGUCAUAGGGCAAACCCAGACCUGUUUCAGAUUAACGGUGACUUGGCUGUUCUUUGGCUGGUGUGAGUCAGUGUUUUGAUAUGGUAACAUAUCAAUAUGGUAACGUCAUUAUGUUAUUAUUAUUUAUUAAUGGUUGGAUUGAGAGAGCCUGUAAUAUAAUCCUAUGACUGCAGUAUCAGUUUCAAUAUGAAUGUCUUGAUAGUAAUCCGUCUUCUCAGCAACCCGUCUACCCAUUUAUAGACCCCUUUGUUUCAUUUGACUGGCAGUAUUUUGUGUGUUAUGUGCUCUUGUUUCGGUCACUAAGAUCCUUAAUUUCAGAAGUUGUACUCAUGACUCAACGUGUCUCUUCUCUCCUCCUCUUCACCUUCCUAUCCUCUGUCCCUCUCUUUACUUUUCCCCACUCCCAUCACCAGUCCUUUUCUCUUAUUUUUCUUCUUGCAGUACUGCAUUACAGGAGCAAAAGGAAUGUGAAAAGAGAGCACCUCCUCCCCAGCCUCCAGAAGAAAGCUGGAGAGAGGGAAAAGUGUGAGAAAUGCAAGACUUGAUACUGCCAACUCAAGUUCAAGCCAUUUUGUCGCUAUGACCUGAAAUGUUGCAGUGUCUUAUACAUGGGAGCCUGACUUGAAUUGUAUUACGUUUUAUUUCUGAAAAUACAUUUUAAUCAAGUCUUUUGAAUGCAUUUUAUUUGACUAUUCUUAACUUGAAUCAAGAAAACUAUUUUCCACUCUAGUUUGCCAGAAACCAUUUUGGAACAUUGUUGCAAUUUCCGUCUAUAGUUAGGAAUGCCUAUACCUGUAAACCAUCAAAUGUGUUAAUGUAUACUGUUUGUCCAGAAACAUUUGCAUGUGUUUUUGUUUUUCAUAAACCAGUAUGUUCCUUAGAAAUUGCUUUAUCAUUAUGUCAACUUCUCGAGUACAGAUCAAUAUUUGGUAAGGCAACCUUUUUUGGCCAGUGAAUUCUUGGCGUCUCUGUAACCUCUUGAUGUAUUUGUCAGCUGCCUCUCAUGUUGUCUACUGGUAAAUGAAUUUGGCCACAUUUUGGUAUUUGUCGUAACUUUUCACCUGCCAGAUACAACAGGAGUUAAUUUAACUUGGUAACACAGUAAUAAGUAUCUCUAGCAUGUAAACUACUUUUUUUGGGAUUUCAAAUGGAUCUGGACAUACAGCAUACAAUUUCCAUUAUAUCAAGGAUAAUACUCAAUUCCAUUCUAUACUUUUUUUUCUUGUCUGCUUAUAUUUGGCUACAUUCCUGUCUGUUUUGAGUAGUCCGGUAGAAGUUGGCUCCCAUAUCAGAAUAUUUGAAAUGUGUUUAACACAGGUUUGUUGACAUGCUCUACUUUGAUGUUAGAUGGAUUAUGGUUUAUAGUAUGAUUGUCUUGCUCUGUAACUUUCCUAAACAGGAUGCUGUUCUGUCUUGCUUGUCGCAGUUGAUUUCAGACACCUCUUCAAGUGAAGUGAAGUCAAGUUUAUGUAGUGUACUGUCUCCUGGUCAGAUUUGUUUAACAUUGCAGAACCUCUCAUAUCUCACGUUGAUGCUUUUAAUUCUGAUACAUUCAUUUUUUUGUUCAAUAGUGUUUCCAACUAUAUAUUUCCAUGUAACUAAAAUGCUUCUCUUUUAAAAUCUGCUGCUCCUUCUCUCUCAACUGUUCCUUCUGACACCCUAUGGGUUUGUUUUUUUUCUCACUUCUUGAAUUUCUUGAAGCCCAUCAAUGUGUAACUCCUGCCUCCGUUUUGUCCUGUUAGACUGCACUUGAAGAAUUCCCUUUUCUUACUUCAGCCUGAUGCAUCGGUUCAUUUUUCAUCUUUUCAUUUUUCACUGUAUUUAGUGGACUUGUUCUUUUGCUCCUUUUCACUCCUCUCUCUCUCCUUACCUGCAUGUGUCCCCUCCCUCUUCCCUUUUAUCAGAAUCUCUUUCUCAUUUCUCCGCCCUCUUCAUUUGAGAAUCUGUUUGCUAGUGACUGUUUUUGCUGAGUAACUAUCCAUUCUCAGUAGUAAGUAUUGCUUCUACACUGCUCAGGUGGUUUCUGUUGCAGCAAGCUGAAACUAAAGGAUAUACCUGCAAAAUAUAUCCUCCCCAGUCUCAUCCCUCCCUGGAUUGUAUUUGAAAUGAAAUACUCCCAUUUUGUAAAUACUGUGUAUAUGCAUUUUCUUUUUCUUAAACCCUAAUAAAAAAAAAGUUUAGAAAUAA